AUGUUUUCGGAGCUUACCGCUUACUUCGUCGUGGGCCAUAUCAUUGAGCUUAAGAUUGAUGAAAUGUACGAUAAGAUCAUAUCCAUGCCAUGGUACAAGCUCCCGGUGAAGGAACAGAAGGAGUUUUGCUACCUCGUAUCCAGACAACAGCGUCCCAUGAUGUUGACGGCUUUCGGGUUUCAUCCAAUGAAUUUCGAGGCGUACAUGAGCGUGUUGAAAGGUUUAUACCAGUUUUUUGUAAUGAUCAUGCAGUACGUUGGAUAA